UUAAGUUCUAUUAGGUGAUACACCCUUUGUAAAUAAAGGCUUAUUUAUUAUUCAAAGCGUACCUGACCACAACUUCUGAAACCAAUAACAACGAAAACAAAUAUGAUAUAUUAAGGAAGUCUUUUUAUUGUAAACUGUUUUAGAAUUUAUUUAACAUUACAAAUAAUGGGGUACAAAGAUGAACCGUACUGAAUGAUGUUCUUUUUCCAUUUUAUUGUUUUAUACAGGGUUCAAGCCUACUCAAGCUGACACACUAACCACUGUAACAGAGGAGUGAUUGUGAAAAAAAGAGGUUUUACUGCUAUCAAUUGUUAGUUUCAAGGUUAAAGAAAUAAGUGAGAAAAAUUUCAGCUUGAUGUGAAAUUAGGUGUGAGAGAAAACAACUUGUUAAAAAGUUUUACCAGACAAACAAAAAGACAAGAAUUAAAAUAAUGAAUACUACAUCAACUUUUAUUUUCCAAGAACAUUCUAGAUUUAGAAUGAAAAGAUUAACACCAUUUUUGUUAUCUCUAUUCGUCCUAACAGAUAUUUCGAAUUCGUGUAGGUCUACACUAAAAAUUGGAAGUCUGUACACCAUUCAGGUCAGUAUCAGACAUACCUACAAUGAUCCAUUGGAAGUGGUUCUGUUGAAAGACACCUCACCAGUCUCUGUUUGUAGACAGAAUUUGGUUUGUAACGACUACAGAAACAACACAGAAACAAAAAUACAUUCUCUUGGUAACGACACUUUUGAAAUACAUUUUUCUAUUAAAAAUGUGACUAGACGCGAUGCUGGAUUACUGUCAGUCAAAUAUCUUGGUUUGUCCAGCCUGAGAAACUCUGGAUCUCUGUAUAGGUGCAAAAUGAUUGUAUAUGAUAUCGACGCCUUAACGUUGGACGAGUGUCCUAAUGUUGUAGAAGAAGGUUCAGAAGUUAAGUGUCUGUGCAAGAAGAAAGACGGCGUCACACAAGACAUCCGACUAGCUUGGUUUGACAACAAUGGCAAGGUUAAUAACAAGGAAAACCAUACUCUGUAUUACGUCGCAAACGCUACCAAUCUAACCUUCACAUGUCAAGGCUGGGCAAAUGAUGGAGCAAAAAGUAGGCCAUUGAUUUACCAACCCGUUUUAAACUUAAGAAUUGUGAAUGCUCCCCCGGCCUAUUCCAAAGUUACUUCUGAGAAAAGCCACUUUUCAAUCAGUUUUAUUGUGACUCUAGUGGUGGUUUCUGUAUCAUUUAUAGCAAUUGUAAUGUACGCAUGCUACCAGAAAAAGAAUCGUAAACUUUGUUUGAAGUUCAAGAAUAAAUUUGUACAGAUAUUAAUUCAGAAAAAGAAAACGUUUUCUAAAAAAAAUAUAAAUCCUAAGAAUGUCUACAUUGUCAACUUAUUAGAAACUACACGACCUAAUAAGUUAACGACCACUACAAAAGGAUCUAAUAGUUACCAUUUGGUGGGUUCUAGAGACGCCUCUAAAAUAUAGAAACUUCAAAAUGUCAACAGAGUGUAGAUAGCAAGGGUUCAUCUCAUUAACUGAAAGACCACAUUAAGAUACAGAAACUUGAUAUGCUAACAAUUCUUAAUGAUAUUAACAAUUUUUAUUUGUAAUAGUUAAAUCAAUAUACAUACUGUUAUUGUUUUAUUAAAAUUAACAAUAUAAUUAAUAACUUAUGUAAGGACUUUCUUAAAUACAAUCUCUUAACAA